AUGCAGCUGCAGACAAUCCUCCUCCUCGUCGCGGCAUCCAUACUUCCCUCCGCGGCAGACAACACUUCGCCCUUCUAUGCGCCGCGGGCCCUCGAUGUCGACAACUCGCUCUUCCUGGGAGGCUUCUCCCCCAAGCUCGCCCAGCUAGUCAGACGCCAGAACGUCUGUCCGGCCGGCUUCAACUCCUGCGCCAUCCUAGGGAGUCCCGAGGCAUGCUGCCAGCCGAAAGCUGUCUGCUCCCGCGACGCCGCAAGUCACAUCGCCUGCUGUCCGUCAGGAGCAGCCUGCACAGGGACGCUGGGAACAGGGACAGCAACAUCGACACAGACGGCUCCUCCAGGCCCAACGCCAACUUCAUCUGGCUUCAUGUUUCCGCAGCCAGGCACUACGGCCCCGCCAACACCGACGGGCUCGACGGUGCCUAACGCUCCAUACCCGUUCGUCUUUAUCCCGACCACCUUCCACGGCUCGUUAGAGUGCGUACGGUCCUAUUCCGGCUGCCAGUCGCAGUUCUCUGCCUGCACGGCUUCACUGGGCGGUGCGAACGGGGUCACCAUCAACGGCGGGAAUGGUGCUGGAACGACUGUCCAGGGUGCGAUACCUACUGGCAACGGACAGGCUAUAUGUUCGAGUCUCUUGACGCGGGCCUGCUACGGCCUGCAGGAAGGAUACUGCACCGCCUUUGGAAACGUGGGAGGCUCUCCCAACAGCUCGCCGCAGCGGUCCUCGGCAUUAUACGAGAUCAUCGUCGGCUUGUCCAUAGCUAUUGCUGGAAUGGUUGCUUGA